CUCAGAGGAGGCAUGCGUUCAGUUGUUGAAACCCUUAGCCUAAGGAUACGAGCUGAGCCACCAAACUCUCCUGAAACCACAGACGGAGGACUCUAAGAGAAUAUCUUUACGUCACAGACACAGGCUGGACCCACAUCUCAGAGAAUUAUCUCUCACAUUCUCCAGCUGCUGACCCUUGUUCCAGACGCUCCUCCUGUACCUGCUGGGCUCCUGUGUGUCCCUGCCUGUCUGGCUGUGCUGAGAGAUGAAGAUCCCUCUGUGGUACCUGGUGGUGCUGCUGGCAUGUCUCUUCACCCCUGGACGUAGUGACUGCCAGGGGGAGUGUGUGGCCUGCGGUCUGCUCCUGCAGCAGCAGCAGCUGCAGCAAGCCUUCAACACCAUGGUGUGUUUGUUGGAGUGUGAGGGUCACGUCUCCUCUUCACUCACAUGGGAGGUGUGUAAACGUACCGUCAAGCUGUCGCACCAUCCUGCACUUUCUGAGGGAGGCGCUCUGUUCAAGAGAACAGGAGAGGAGCUUGAGCUGACUCCUCUUGACCUGAACUCUGACAGUCAACUGCUGCAGUCUGCAGCCGCUGAGCGCUUCCAGGAGGGGGAGCAGGACGAGAUACCCUUCGAGGAGCGCAGUGUCCAGUAUGACUCAUCACUGCUGGAAUCCACUGAGGAGGGGGAGGGCCUGCAAGAUCUGGAUCUCAGUCUGGCUGACGAAGAGAGGAAGCCGAGAGAGGAGAGGAAUGUGGAGAGUGACAGCCAGUUAGAAGAGGACGAGGACAGCGACUCAAAGGCCGUCACCUUAUCCAAACGCUUUGGUGGCUUUCAGAGGGGGCGCCACGGAUACAGAAAGCUGAUUGGCUCACCCAUGAGGCCCCUACAAAAGCGCUACGGCGGGUUCAUAGGUGUCCGGAAAUCUGCCCGCAAAUGGAACAGUCAGAAAAGGGUGAACCAGCUGUUGAGGCAGUACCUGGGCAUGAGGAGCAGCCGCAGCGGCAGGUUCAACACCGUCCCUGUAACUCGGGUCUGGAGGCAAAACAAACUGUAAUGUAUUUCUGUUGCUCUCACAGAAUCCUGCCCCAGUUACCUCAACCAAUCAUAUUUUCAGCAGCUCACUCCAAGUGUCACCAUCGUCAUCAGAAGAACAGACUCUGCCAUGUCGCUGCACCUCUCUUUGUGUCUCUAAGUAACAAGGAAUGUUUUGACUGUGAUGUCCUUCUUAUUAAGCAUAUUUUCAUGACAUUCUGUGAAAUAAAAGAAUUAGAGAAGUGCAAUUGAAUAUAUUUUUGUGUGUCGGUACAAUAAAAGGGGCCAAAUGAGAUUGGAAGACUGGUUCACUUGAGCUUUUCACCAGAGAUGAGACCUGAGGGUGUGACAUUUAAAAUCAUGUUGAAUGCACUUUGAUGCGUGUGUGAAUUAAGUCAUGACUCCAGAUGGGGUAUUUUGCACUCUGUAGUCUGUGUUAUGCAAGCUGUUACUAAUGUCCAGCUCUCAUGUAAUGGACUCAUUUGUCACUACAUAGGUUUCCCCUAUUAACAUUACAUUUUGGGACUAAACAUCCACUAUAAAAAUAACCCAAUGGUUCAACUUAAAAAUAACGAAGGUAACAAUUUGCACACAUCUUUUCAAGUUGUUCCAACUCUGGCAUUAUUGAGUCAAUCCUAUAAGUCCUAUAAUCUGACAAACUCAAUUAAUUUAGCACAACCACCAUGAUUUGCUUUGAAAAACUCAGUUUAGUUGAACCAACUUAAUAUUUAUCCAAAAGUUGUGGUGAUAUUUAAUGGUCAAAUUAUGUUAUUUAAGAUAUUUAAACACAUUGUUUUUAGUCAAUCCUACUAAAAAAUGUAAAAAAUGUUUUGGAUUUUGACCAACUUCUUAAAGUAAAUGUUAUCUGACUAAAACACUUUAUUGUAACAAACAUAUUUUUAAUGCUAAAAAAACUUGUUUAAGCGUUACAAUAACCCCUGAAUCAUUGUCAGAGUGUAUCAUAAACAAAUCUUAUAUUAUAAUCAAGAAUCAAUUUGGAGGUGGAGUAGCAUUGUGCUUUCAAUAUGGUUCAGUCAGAUGGUUGGACAGUGAGAGUGCUGAAGCCCAAACUGUUAAUUACUGAUACAAAAAUCUAAUUUUCUGCUUAAGGAACUUAAUUAAUUAAAUACAAUGGAUGUAAAUUGAAUUUCUGAACUUUGAAACUCACCAAACCUCUACAUCUCUCCUAAAAAAUAGUCUUGUUCUCAUUGCUUCAUUCUGAGCAUUGCCAAAAAAAGUUUUUAUCAUUUCUAUUGUAUCUUAAUUGUGGCCAUCCUACGGGGGUUAUCAUUGUAAAGCUUGUAAGUGAUGAGUUUCUCUUUGGGGAAUGAGCAGCAGGUUGGCAGGCUCCCCUGGGCUCCUUGCAGUGGAGCAAUACUGUCCUCUAGUGUUUGAGGAACAAACAACCUUGGUUACUGAUUUGGGAUCAGUUUUGCCAUGUCCUCAGUAAUAUUUUACUCAACUCUUUGGAUUUUUCUGCUGUUAUAAUGGAAUUAGAAAUAAACACAAACUGUCAAACAAAUAAAUAUGCUCAAUUUAUGGCUGAUGCUUACAUGUCCUUCACAGUUAAACCAGAAGAUCAAAAAAAUCACAGAAAAAAAUCCCUUAUUCUGACAGUAUUAGUAGUGUCUGUAUGACAGCUCAUAAUUCAUCACGUUUACCAACCAUCUAAAGGGUUUGUACAAAAAUAUUUGGGUGGGGAGGAGCUGAACCUUAAAUCUCACUUUUUAGAAAAAAGGAAAGCCCUCUAAAAUGUUUUUAAUAUUUUCUUUGGACCCUCCCAAACUGCAACUCCCUUCUCCCAGUAUCUAAAAAAAAGGCGUAAAUGAAUAUGUAACUGAAUUGGAGCAAUUAAUUUCACUAUUUUAAGCUAACAGAAAGCAAAGUGUAGAGACUGUAGGACAGUUCAGCUACCUAAAUUUUAAAAGUAAACCAUAAAAAGUAAACAGAAUGAUAAUAUUUUACUACAGCCAUGAAUGUGCACAUUAGAACUGGCAUUGAAAAUUGGCAAUUUCUUUCACAAACUACACAAUGUUAAAGGGUAACUCCAGUAUUUCCAAACUCCACCCUAGUUUCUCAUGUUUUUGUGUUUAAUUGAGUAACGGGAACAGCAAUUUUAAAACGUGUCAAGUGUUGAGCGAGACUGCUGCAGCCAGUAGUGGCAAAACAGGCUGCGAUGCAACAACUCAGGAUAUAUUUGCAGUGUCAAUGUACGUCCACUUAAAGUGUGCGAUUUUUUUUACAACAGACAGGCUCAGAUUAUUAUGUGAUAACAUUAUGGAAGGGAUCCCUACAGAGAUAGACAUCUUUAGUAAAGGGUAGGAUCCAGUUUUUUAAACCAGAACCAGCCAUGAAAUUGCCAUUGCCAAACUAGUUGAGAGAUGAACCAAGCUAGAUUUUGUGAGUUUUAUUUUGCAUCUGUCCACUUUGAAUAAAGUGUGAUUUACUAUGACAAAAUUACUGUUUAUUAAAUGAAGUCUGGUGAGUUUGAUGAUAACAAUUUCAGGUCUGUUUCUGAAUCUUUCUCUUAAACAAAAAGGUCUAUCUCUGUAGGGAUUCUUUCCAUAAUGUCAGACAGUUAGGACCAAAAUCGGAGUCUUCAGUGGAAAAAACAAGCACUUUUAGUGGACACAAGCUGACGUUGUGCUAUUGCUGGCUGCCGUAGUUUCGCACAAUCCCAAAUACUUGGGAAAAUAAGGUGCAGCUCAAAAAUUUCUGCCACUUAAUUUCCUUUAUAAACUAAUCUUCGGGAAAUAGUUAUUACUGAAACUCAAUGAAUAUAUAGACAGCAGACAGACCUCAGUGCAAUAUUAUUUUCUUCCUGCACCCAGCUUCAAAAUAUUAGAAUUGUAAAAUAAUUUUGGCACGGUCCCUAACUUAUCAUGCAGUUCCAGACACAAAGAAGCAAUAGUUUAAAGGCAGAAGUUAAGAGUAAAGAGAAACUACUCCACCUGGUGCUUUUUGCAAAGCUGUUCAUGUCACUUCAGUCCAGUUGUACAUACAUGCAUGAAGCUGGAAACGGGCGGGGCCACUGGGCAUGUAUGGCACUGCAGGAUGUGAGGGAGAUCUUAGUGACACCAGUCUUGAAAACCACCAUCUUAAUUUGCCAUUUAAGAGCAGAGUGAUGAAAUGAACUGUGCAUGUCAGAUGUGGUCAUUAUUAUAGAAAAUAACAUGUUUCUGCUUGAGAGGAAAAAAUGUGUUAAUUUGUUUUGCCAUCAAAAUAUUUUUCUCCAUUUGCAGGACACGUCCAUUCUUUACAUCUUAAUAGUGUUUAUUAGUGUUUGAGGUGUAAUAAUGUAUGCAUAUGAGUGUGUGUGUGAUUGCACAGAUUGUGUGACUGUGCACGUGCAUGUGUGCAAUUCUCUGUCAAUCCAACCUAAAAAAUGGAAUUUGUGAAUAGUGUACAUUUCAGACUGCAUUUCUAACA